GCCCCGUGGCUGUGGCAACAGGAGCACGCAGAGCCCGUCCCAGGAGCUGUGGCAGGGCAGGAUGGCAGCACGGCGUGACCCCAAAGCUGUGCAGAAGCUCAUCUCCUUCGGGACAAGCCAGGAUCGGAAAAUGUUCCCUUACCACUACGCCCCAGACAGGCUGGGAAUUGAGAUUCCAGGAGUGCAGGGCAGCCCUUCCCUGGGGCCAGGCUGUUACCUGGGGCCAGAGUCAAACAUCCUCCAAUCCUCCAUAAGCACCCGACCCAUGAGCACCCGGGGAUACGUGAUGGGAGCCAGGACAGCCCCGCGCUUCCAGGGGAAAUCUCAGAUGGUGACCCCUGGUCCUGGCUCGUACCAGCCCAUCCUGGGCGAGGAGAGGAGGUGCCAGCCUGCCCACGUCCCCUUUUCCUCCAGCAGCCCUCGAUUCCCAACCAGGAUUCCGGAUAAGGAUUGGUUCCCUGGGCCUGGAAAUUACAACAUAGAUCAGCCUUUAAACAGAAAAGUCACUUGGCCGAUGAAGUUUGGGGCUCCAGAUUGGGCUGCAGUGCCAGCACUGCCCCAGAAGAUGGUGAAAUUGGAGGUCCAGAAGAUGACUGUGGAUAAAAAUUUCCGGAAAAAUCAGGGCAGAGAGGCGUACCUGAAGUUGUACGAGAGCUGAGGAGCCACAUCCUCCUUCCUUUGGAGAUACUCACCUGCACAACCUGGCUUAAUAAACCGAAUAUUUAAAAUGUUUUAAAUGUUUUAAAUCUGCCGAGCUGUAGCAAAAACAGCUCAAUGUUUUUGCAGCCGUGCUCAGCACAAGUGCAAAUCCAGCUCCAUUCCAGCCACUUGGGAAGAAAGUUAACUCCAGAAUUGUUUGCCCCUUUUUAUCCCUUAUUAAACUUUUAGAAAUUCUGAAGUGGACUUUGUUUUUUACACCCUCAAAAUCCAGCCUGUGCUGAGGCAGGGAGGAAGCCAAACAACCUCAGCCAAAGGGCAGCUCCAUUUCCUCAGAAAUUCCCACUUUCCCCUCAGCUUUUCCUGCUGUUUACCCCCACAACUUUCUCCUCAUCUCCAACCCAGGGGGUUCCUCCACAACCUGAGGAAAAAAUGAGGAAUAUCCAGGUGGUUUUUGGUAUCCUAGGAGAGUUUUUAAUGUCUUGGUGCCUAAAAUAACCCUGAAAACAUCAGAGGUGUUUUCUGGCCUAGCACCAAAAGCACCACAGCACUGGAUGUUUGUCCCUUUUUAUCCCAUAUUAAACUUUUAAAAAUUCCAAAAAAUUCUGAAAAAGAAAGUUUGUUUCUUACACCCUCAAAAUGCAGCCCUUGCUGAGGCAGGGAAGAAGCCAAAAAACUGCCAAAGGGCAGCUCUUCCAUUUCCUGAGAAUGAACAUUCCCACCUUCCCCUUUUCCUCGUGUUUCCCCUCACAAUUUUCUCCUCAUAUCCAGCCCAGGGGGUUCCUCCACAAUCAGAGGAAAAAAUGAGGAAUAUUCAAGAGGUUUUUGGUACAC